GUUAUUCGCUCUUCUUGUCGUCUAAUCACUUUGCUUGAUCUUGCUGGUGAUCGCCGCUACCAACGUACAACAUUGGCAGGCCUCUGUCGUGGACAACCGAAUUAUGCUUUGCUGGUCGUCCCGGUGACGACAGGAAUUACACAGGUUGCUUUACAACACGCUCAGUUGGCUAUUGCUCUUGAUCUUCAUCUCAUCCUGGUGCUCACCAAAAUCGACCUCCUCAAGGCACCAUCAAUAACCCCACCCGUUCCGCCAUUGCCAACUUCCAGAACAGAACCAAUACCUCCAUUCUCACCCGAAUCUGUUGCAGCAGUGACUUCUAAAUCUGAUGCAAAUGCCACAGACUCUCACGAACUUGCAUAUUCUGAAACCACGUCCGAUCGCUCGUCUGUCCAAACUCAGGUAGGCACUUAG